CCAGGUGGGCGAUCAGCUCUCCUUCCCAGCCUUUCUCUCUCCCGCUCCCCUCUCCCCGGCAGGACUGGAGAACUGGGUCUGGGCUGAGGACAUGGCCUUUGUCCCCGUGACGGUGCCCUGGAGCCCAGAGCACCAGCUGCACAGGCUGCAGGUGACCCGCAAGCUGCUGGAGACAGAGGAGCAGGCCGCCUUCCCCCUGGGAGGUGCCUCCCCUCGCUACCUGUACCUGGCCAGCAACCAGAGCAACAAGUGGGGUCACCCUCGGGGCUACCACAUCCAGAUCUGCAGUUUUGCUGGGGAGCCGCUGCCCCAGAUCAGCUCCAUGGAGAGAGCCAUCAGCUGGGGCAGGUGAGUGGAGGCAUGGUGGAGAGGCC